AUGCCCUACCAAAGAAGGACUUGCAGAAAGGCUCCAUCCACCUUGCCAUCUAAUAUACACGACAUAAUCGCGCGAGCAGUUUUGGCUGGAACUAUUCCGGUGUCAGGGGGGCAAGAACCUCUCCAGAAAACAGCAGAUCAAUCUACACAUCCUGAACAGUUAUCUCAAUUGUCAGCAAAUGGCACGAUAGAAACGCCUGUGCAGUCCAGUGGCUCGAAUAUUCCAAGUGAUGAGAAUAAAGCCUCCACUGUUAUUCUUAGUGAUCUAAAACAUCAAACUGGCACCAAUACCGUCUCUCAACAAACCGAUAAUUCCAAACAGCCUUAUCCUGCUACUACUGCCGUCGAAUCCCAAGUUAGAACUUCCACAUAA